AUGUUGAGUUUGAUGAGUAGUGGUAGUCGUGCUCUUUUCUUUCCCUCUUCCUCUUUUGUUAAACCACAUCCCAAAAUCUGGAGCAGCAUGUCAACAAUAAGUACUAGUAGUACUAUAACAUACUGCUCUCAGACGUUGUCGCCCAAGACGACGGAGGAGGAGGCGUGCGCAAAGACGGGUAUGAAGAAAGUGUUUAUUCCCAAACACGUCGACAAUGCGCCACCGGUGUACUUGUCGCAGAAGACGGAGGAGGAGGAGUACGAAAAGGCGGGUGUAAGGAAAGAGUUGAUUCCAAAACAUAUUGCAAUAAUAUUAGAUGGGAAUAGGAGGUGGCUUAAGGAACGGGGUGAACCUCUUAAUUAUGUGCCCUUUUUUCAAAGUAAUGCACUCUUUGCUGAUCUUUGCCUCAAAUGGGGAGUUUCUACUGCCACCACCUUCAUAUAUUCAUAUGAUAACUUGCAACGAGGCAAAGAAGCAAACGAACUAAUAUUUGGGCAGCUUGAGAGAUUUCUAGAGAAUAAUUUAGACAGUUUUAUAAGGAAAAAAAUGCGUGUGUUGUUGAUUGGAGAAAGGAAUGAAGUCACAAAAUCCUUACAAGACAUGGUGAAAAAAGUGGAAGAGGCAACAAGCAAAGAACCAAACCCGCAAUUGGAGUGGAGGUUAGCAGUCUGCUAUGGCGGAACAAGAGACGUGUUGCAAGCCACUAGGAGCCUUUGCGAGAAGGCUAAGGCUGGGGUUAUUGAACCCAAUGCAAUCAACGGAGCCAUGUUUGAUCGCGAGCUUAUGGCUGGUGGUGCCCCUACGCCUGAACUGCUUAUCCGAACCGGUGGUGAAAUGCGUCUUAGCAACUAUUUGAUAUGGCCUUUGGCCCUAGCCGAGUAUUACUUUCUCCCAAUUCAUGCACCUGAAUUUACUGAAGCUCAUUUCCUAGAUGCCUUGCGCUCCUUUCAGCAAAGAGAUAGGAGGUCCGGGAGAUGAUGAUAUCAUUUGAUUUAUGCCUCCAAUUAUCGAUCUAGACUCAAACAAAUAAACUGUAAUAUUUUCAUUCUCUUUGUUUUCUUGUUUUGUUAAUUGUUGAGAAGAUUAACCCACAUGUGAAUUGGGAUAUUUAGUCCCACAUGGAAGAAAUAGAGAGAGAUUGACUACUCCCUCCGUUCCUAAAUACGUGUCCACUUUGACAUUUACGCGCGAUUUAAUAAAACUGAAUUGUGUGUAAGAGGUAAUGAUUGAGAAUGUUUUUUUUUUUUGGAAAAGAAAAAAGUAGAUAAUAGUUUAUUGAUAAAGUAUAAAUAAAAGUGGAAGCGGUGAUUGAAAAGUGGGAAAAGGGUAGAAUGUGUAAGAAAAUGUAAUAAUGAUGUAUAGAAAAGUGCGAAAAGUGUAUGAAAAAGUGGGAAAAGUGUAUAGAAAAGUGGGAAAGGUGUAUGUCCAAAAACAGAAAGUGGACACAUAAAAAGAAACGCCAUAAAUGGAAACUAGACACGUAUUUAGGGACGGAGGGAGUAACAUAUAAGAUUGGUGUGCUACUUCAUCUAUCACCUAUGUGGACAAUCCCUCCCGACGAGGCUUUAAAAAAAAUGUGUUAAAUACCCUUAAGGAAAUUCCAGUCUAAAAGAACAAGGUCAAAGUUCAUCAAAACUAAGUUUUUUCAAACAACUUAACACAAAAAUAAGCUUUUUCAUCG